UAUCAUAUACUACACACGGGCAACAAAACGGACUGGUGAACUUCGAUAAGGAGAGAAGUCAUAAAGGCGUAAACAUGAUCAUCCAAGUUAUUUUUUCACUUCUAUACGUCUCCCAACACGUAUUUGCUUGUGAUGACGUUAGCACAUCCGCCUGUCAGAUGUUUGCCGCACAAAACCCAGCGAUGUGUGACUACGGGAGUUGUUACGCCACCUUAUGUCCGAGAACCUGUCACAAAUGUGCGUCUUUAAAGUGCUACAAGUGUGGAGCUGUGACUAGGCCUGAGAACUGCAACACAACAAUAGUGUGUCCAAGCAAGGAUCACGAAUGUAUCUUGGCAAAGUCUUUCACAGACGACUUUAGAGAAGUUUUUGCACUUGGAUGUGCCUUGGGAAGUGUUUGUGACAAUCCCAACGGUGAGACGGCAUGUUGUUCCAGUGACUUAUGUAAUAACAAACCUCAGCCAACAACAGCAACGACCAGAAAGGUUCCUAUCAGAAGAGGAAACAGAGACAAUGUUGUAAGACAGACCGCUGCCUCAUGUACGGACAUUCACGAAGAUGCUUGUCGAGACCUUCUGUCCUCAGAUGCCAACAUAUGUAACACAACUUGUGCCAAAACACUUUGCCCUGUUACGUGCGGAGCCUGCAAACAGUGCUAUGAAUGUGACUAUGUUUCUGAUUCCAGUCAGUGUACCUCCACACGUCUUUGUCAACAAGGGGAGUUUUGUUACGGUAUAGAAACAAUUAAUUCGUACGGCGAGCACGGUUUUCGACUUGGAUGCGCACCAGACAUUUUAUGCAAUAAAUUGACGUCGAUGGCGGUGAGCGCGUUUGGACGUAAGCGGGCCGUGGCAGGUGCUUGUUGUGAUGGUAACUUAUGUAACGACCAUCUUAAGGCCGUGACAACCACAACAACCACGACAACCACAACAAUGCCAUCAUCAACAACAACAACAACAACCAAAGAUCCAUUAUGUCAGUGCACAGGAACGUAUCAUUAUCAAGUGAACAACGAGUGCUAUUUCAUCUCCGGCACAAAAGGAACAAGGCAAAAUGGAAAAGAUUACUGUAAAAGUCAUUGCGGACAGCUAGCCACCUUUGCAGACCCCUCACAAUUAUCAGCCGUGACUAAUUACUACUACCAUUUCUUGCGUAGCUCAUUCGACGGACACUCGCAUUUCUUUAAUUACCAUUACUACAACCACAUGUUUGUGGACGCUGUGAAAUAUCACGAAAGUCACACACAUCCUACAUACAUCUGGGAGUCCACUGGAUGGAUGGUCUCGUCAAGUUUCCUUAACCUUCAUAACGUUAACAUCACGUACAGUGAUAUGUGUGCUGUCACAUCUAGUUUGCACUCAAAAACCAUUCAGGCUGCGGAUUGCUCUGAUUCUCAUUACGCUUUAUGUCAACUUAGAAAGCAAUAAACCAAAUGCCUUUUA